AUGCGCCUUCCGAUCCUCACCCUCAUCUGUUCGCUUGUACUCGUUAGCUCAUGCCCUCAAUCGGUGACGAACCUGUGCAAGUGCGAAGACCUGCACAAUGGCGUGUCGCUCGACUGCUCUCACUCGAACGGUGCCGAGGUGGUGCAACUGCUCCGAGACAACCAAGCCCUGCUUGGUCUCGUGCAGGGCCUCACCAUGCACAAUGCGAAUCUGCGCUCUAUUCCUCCCAGGUUCCUAGCCGGACUCUACAUAAAACGACUUGAUCUCUCGUUCAAUCAAAUGGUUGAAAUUGAUGCCAAUGCAUUCGCUGGAAUGAGCCCUGUAGUGCAGGAGCUGAUAUUGACACAUAACAACCUCACGAAGAUACCCGUAGCCGCAAUUGCAACCCUCGGUACGAUACUUCGCGUGGAUCUUUCAAAUAACUCGAUAGCAGACAUCGCAGAUAGCGAUGCGAUUCCCUCCUUACCAAAGUUGUAUGACAUCAACCUUGGAUCCAAUAAGAUUUGCUCAAUCCACUCGUCAGCAUUUCGAAAUGUAAAGGACUCCAUACAAAUAAUUAAUCUCGGCCAUAACUGCCUCAACUCCGUCCCCUCCUCUUCGAUUCGCGGACUCAAGCAGCUGCAGGCUCUACACAUGCAGAAGAACAAUAUAACCGCUUUGGAGGCGCUCAAUUUUUUGAAUCUGCCCGUGCUGAAUCUGCUCAAUCUGGCCGGCAACAAGAUCUCAGAGGUCAACAGACAGGCGUUCUUGAACGUUCCACAGCUGAAAUAUCUAUAUUUGACGAACAACAAGAUCUCAAAGCUUACUGCUCAUCAGUUCGCUUCUUUCGAUCAGAUAGAGAUGAUCGAUCUGACAGGAAACGAAAUUACUGACAUUCCUAGCGAGUGCAUGGCACAGCUACCCCAGCUUAGGCAACUAUUCCUUGGAGGAAACCGUAUUGAAACUAUUGGCAAAAAUGCAUUUGCCAACAGUUCUAUUGUGAUACUGAGUCUGGUCAAUAAUCAGCUGAAGGAAAUCACCGAGGGAAUGCUGGAUGGCAUGACAAACUUACAAAGCGUCGUCUUCAAAGGCAACAAGAUCAGCUCCGUGCAUCAAAACGCGUUCUACAAUGCACCUUCGAUAGUGAUGAUCGACUUGAGUGAUAAUCAACUGUUUGAUUUACCGCCAUCCACGUUCAUCGCUCAACUUAACUUGCAAAUGAUCGAUCUGCGCAACAACAAGAUUAUCCGAACACCGUAUGCAGCAUUCAAUCGUCGAAUAGGAACGGUAUUUUUACAAGAAAAUCCUUUGGUAUGCACCGAAAAGGUACACAUGCUGCAAGAUGGAGUAGCUGUCUUCAUCGCUACAAGUGAAGACCUAGUCUGCGGAGCAAAGACAACCACCACUACCACCACAGCUGCACCAGUGAUGAUGCAAAAGCUAUCACCUCGUCGACCUCAAAGUACAGCUGAAGUGAAGAAACCAGCAGGGGCAUUCCAACAGGCCGGACUGAUUCAGGAAGAAGCAGAAGAGGAAGAAGAAGAAGAGAAACAAGAACCCAUACCAAUACGACCUGUUUCUCAGAAUAGAUCAACAGCUUCACCUAGAGCAAAACAGAUUUCCAGAAAUGGUGGGCUUCAUCAGUCAGAUAUCUCGCGUAUAGCUCUUCCGAAAGAAGUUGAUGAGGAGCUCAAGCGGAAGCUGGGAAGCAUAGAGAUUGAAGAGCUGCUUACGACUGAAUCACCAGACCUCGACAUGGAUGGAGCUGAGAGCAUGGAAACGGAGAUGAAUACAUCGGUGGCACCUACAACAUUAGGAAGGCGGGUGUACACUGACAUUGCUGAUAACCCCAAUAUCAUCCAUCCUUUCCCAGUACCGUUCCUCAAAAAACAAUCGGUUGUUCACCAGGCUUCACGAGUAAAAGAGUCUCCGAUUGAAGCAACUUCGCCACCAACUGCUGAAAAGCACACAUUGCCACCUUCAAUUGUACUAGCACCGAUAAGAGCGGCUUCUUCCGAAAAAGAUCAAACUAUAGCAGAUGACGGAGAGCGAUUCGAGCAAUUUGCACUACAUUCCCAUCCGACUACGCAAAGCAAAGAGGAAAAAGCACCAGUUCCAGCUCCAGCUAGCCGGCUUGCUUCUCCUACAUUUAUUAUUGUACUGUGCCUGACUGUAGUUGCCGUUGUCAUGGUAUCUGUCAUAGUUGGUCUUUGCACGAUUAGGCACAGGCAAAUCGGACGGCUCACUUCCAACUAUUCGGAAAGUAGUGCAGCACGGACAAAUGCGUACGUUUCAGCUCAAGCAGCGCAAAUGAAUGUCAUUUAUGGGACUAUGGAACGAGAUAGGAACAUUUGCUUAUCACGGCCUGACGAUGUGCAACCUUGGCUAUAUAAUCCUGGACAUAAUUACUGCAACUACUAUAAAUGA